AUGGGCCUGAUCUCCUGGAUGUGGGGCUCCAGCUCCAGCCCUGGCUCCAGUGACACCGGCGCUCCCAACAGCCGCACGGAUAACCCCUGGCGCAGGUUGUACGACCCGGGCACUGCGCCCAACGCCGCCGCGACCCAGACGACACAAUACUACGAUACUGUGCAGGGCCCCGGUUCCCCCAGUGUGUGGGACCACGUCCUCAAGAGCGAGUCGUUCCGCCGCAAGUCGUUCGACGACAUCGACACAGAUCAGGACGGGUUCAUUGACGUGGCCGAGCUCCGGCGUGCGGUGGGCCCCAGCGGCCCUGACGCCAGCCAGCUGCUGCGCGAGGCCGACAAGGAGGGCCGCGGCAAGAUCAGCCGCCGCGACUUUGACGCGGUGAUGAAGGGCCACUUUGGGACGGCGUGA